AGACUGCUUGUCAGUGAUUGGUUGGUGACCCACAACGCAAUUGUUAUUAUUUGUAAUUUGUGUUUGGCGUUCUUUCUCUUCGCGUAACAGUCCGAAAUUUGGGGAUGCACUGAUUCGGUACCAGUUUUAUGUAUUUGAAAAUCAAAGAGAACAAGUAUGAAUGAAACUACCGUGUGUGCCAAACCGGAAAUCGAGUUGCGACGGUCACCGCGUAUCGCUGCAAUGCAAGCCCGAGCAAGGUCGGCGAGUGCGCCGUCAGCCAUGUCAGCUGUACAGUCAACAUGGUCAAGGUCCCAGGGUUCCAUCUCGAAGGGGACAAGUUUGACAGAUUUGUCUGGUGUCGCUAAUGAUGAGACAGAUUGUUACAACAAUAAUUUAAUCUCAUCUCCAGAUAAGAACAGGAACAUUCCAGAAAUGAUAGAGAAUGACACAUUUGCAAAACCAAAGACCAGCAGAACCCUACUACGAAAUUUGAGGAAAAGAAAGAAAGGAGUGGAUGAGACCUUGCGAUUCAGCAGCAUGGGUAGCAAGAAAAAGCGUAAGAUGGAGGAAGGUGAUCUGGAUAACAUAAGUGUCAACAGCCUGAACCUUAACAAGAGAGGUAGAAAAAGCAGCAAGAAGAAGGAAGACAUAAUUGAUGGUGAUGGGGACAACAUCAGUAUACAGAGCUACACAGCUGGGACCAGCACCAGAAGGUCCCGGACCCUGGUCAAGGUUACUUCAUUGGCAAGCCUGGUGUCUCCGGUGUCCUCCGUCAAGAAAGUCGGUGUUGCCUUACAGAGAUCAAUGAGCUUCCGGACGAGCCACUCCCCUCCAUUCAACAUCAAGCCUUACUGUAAGCCAACGGUCACACCCACCAAGAGGAGAGAUAGCGUGCUAUGGUCAGACACAGUGCAGAGCAACAUCAAUGAAGGAUUGACCAAGGGGCAGAUCAAGAGACAAGAGGUUAUCUAUGAGCUUUUCCGUGGGGAGUUGGACAUGGUGGACGACUUGAAGCUGAUCAUGAAGACGUAUCGAGAUUCCAUGAGGUCUCUGGGCAUGCUCAGUGAGCAAGAGUUGGAGACAAUAUUUGGCGGACUGGAAGAUUUGCAGCCCUUGCAUCAAGAUUUGAUUAAUAAGAUGAACAAACAAAGGAAGGCAGAUGGAACAACAGACUUUAUUGGCAAUGUCCUUUUAGAAUGGCUGCCCACCCUGACCAAUGUCUACACAGCCUACUGCACAAAUCUCCUAGCUGCCAAAGUGCUUCUAGACGAGAAGCGCCAAGACAAGAAGGUCCAUGAUUUUCUGGAACGGUGCCAGGAGUCCCCCUUCAGUCGCCGGCUGGACUUGUGGAACUUCCUGGAUGUGCCCAGGCGGCGACUGAUCAAGUACCCGCUCUUGAUUCAGAAGAUCCUGGAGGUGACACCCAAUGAGCAUCCUGACAAAAACUACCUAGCAAAAGCAACCAAGGCAGCAGAGGGUGUGAGCCAAGAGGUUGAUCGGCGGACAGGGGAGAUGAAAUGUCGGCACUAUAUCGAUCAUCUGGUCUACCUGAGAGACAGUCAAGAGCAUCCCCUCAUUAGUCAACAGAAGAAGCUACUGUGCAGCGGGGUGCUGCGAAACAUCAAGGGGAGAGGAAUGAAGCUGCAUGUUUUCCUGUUUGAGGACAUCCUGGUUGUGACGAGACUAGUCACCCGGAAUGAGGAGAAGAUGUACCAGGUCUACGAGAACCCAAUCCCCCUUCAGAGCAUGCAGCUGGAGGACCUGGAUGAUGGUGAGGUCAAGCUGGGAGGUUCCUUCAGGAGUUUGACUGGUGGUCAGACAGUGAAACAUGCUUUCAGAGUCAAAUCUACCGAUCCCAAUGGCACGCAGUCAUUCACGUUCUUCGCCUCAGAUGAACAUGAUAAGAAGCAGUGGGUACAGAUGUUCAGUCGAGCAAUAAGAACUGCAUCAAGUGAUGCCACAGAAGUUUAAAGACUAAAAGUUACUCUGCUCCCCUGAGCAGGGCUACUAAGCUUCACAAGUAAGCCACACUCCUCACGAGUCCCUGAUCACUCAUGAGAUGUUAGUGGGAUUGGCAUCACUGAGAAGCAGAAAUGAUCAGUACUCGACAGCUGUCUUUCUUCCAGUGAAUUCUGACGCUGCUAGUUGUCCGGGAAGUCAAGCUGGAAGGGGCCAACCGAGUGAUCUUCUGCAGUGGACUCAAUUUGACUCAUGUGGGUGGAUUCUCAUUGGAUGAGUUGCCAUGGGCUCACACUCACGGGUGCACCACUCCAGAGCAGAAUGCCUUCACCCUCUCACAGUGAAAUUCCAAGCGAUUUCCGAACUUAUCAUCUUGACAUCAGUAAUUUGUGGGGGAAUAAUAGGAGUGGUUAGAUCCUGCAAAGGAUUUCUCCAUUUCAAAUGGAGGUGUAAACUUAAAGUAAACUGAAGACUGUCAUGGGAUGUGAUAAAUAAUACAGAGCAGUACCAAACAAUCUUUCACGUCCCUUCCCUUUACUGUCCAAACACAAAGACUGUCUAUAAACAGUUAAGAAUGAAUUUUUAAAAAAUUUCUAUCAGUUUGUCAAACCAGCUGUUGAGUAAGAAGCAAAAUACUGAAUUGAGGAUUUAAUAUGCUUCUACGUGUGUUGAGAGAUUCUGUAUGUGCAUUACAUUUAAUUUAAGAGCCGGUUGCAAAGGAAACCAGACUAUUAAAAAAAAAUGGGAACAGUAUUUGGCAAUGCUACAGGCGCAGAUUACAUGGACAGGAAGCAGGCUGGUUCACUUCCUAUGGGCAACCUAUAUUGAUGAAAACAGCUGUUGAUCAGCUGCUGGUAACCAUGCUUAUGCUGUCUGUAUCAUUACAUUUGAAAAAAUUAGCUGACUGUGUUAUGGAAGUUACUGAGCUACAGAUUGUUCUGCCUCACAGUUGGAGUUUUUGUGUGUGAUACUGUAGAACUGACAUAGCUUGGCAAGUAGUGUUUUAAAACAAAAACUUGCUGAAGGGUGAAAGAAAGGGGCAAGGAAAAAUGGUGCUAUUUUUUAAGAAAAGGUUGAAGGUCCACCUUUCUGAUACUGUAUUAUUUCAUCAAAGUUACGGUCAGGUAUUUGAAACAAUGUACAGAAUUAUAAUAACAUUCCAAAGCACCUUUUUCAGUUGUUACUGCCAAAUCUCAAAUGUGUUUUCAUCAGAGAUUAGAUGUACAUGUCACAAUGCGAGGUCCACACUGACAUGAAAAUCAAUGAUCUAAAAAAAAAGUGUCAUACGAUGUGUAGUAAGAGUAAAAUAAGAAAUUGUUGAUCCCGCAUAAUACAUACAUAAUGUGACGAUUUGAGAGAACCUUGAAUAUUGCAGACACAAGCAGAAUACAAAUGGUUACUGCAGCCUUAUGGGCUGUACUACAUUCACAAGGAUUUGUACCUAUGUCUUUACUUUUAGCACGGUCUAAUUUAUUACAAGCAAGGGAGAAGAAACAUUGACAUUUAUAAAUAUGUGAGACUGUUUAGCCAUUCCUAUCGGUCGAGAGCCCAUCAUGUCUUAGUUUGCAAAGCACCGGCUUCUGGGCGACACAUACCAUAACAUGGGUAGAGGGGUGCUUAAAAAGGGAAGUAAAGUUGUUGAACAAAAUCAUUGCAAGUUUAUUUUUUGAAUUAUUUUACAACUUGUUUUGACUUUCCGAUAUUUACCGAUGGGAUUAAGACCAGCCAAGCUCAUUUUUAUUCUUUUCAUAAUAAUGGUUGUUUCGUAGGUUUAUGCAUGAGGGAGUUCUGGUUUCACCCUGUACCCUCUGUUGGUGAUCUUGUCCACUAUUAAGGCCAAGUUAGAGCAGUGACAAUUAAUUCUGGUCGAUUUUCCCUGGUACCCAAGGUUUAUUUUGUGCAUAGGUUUAAUACCAGGCAGAAUCAACCACGGUUGACAAGCAAAAUGGUCAUGAAUUGAACAUGGCCUGAAUUGUGCUUGGCUGUUUAUCAUACUGUUGCAGUAGUGUUGCAUUGUGAAGGGGGCCCCCCCCCAACUGUGGCCAACUGUGUAUCUGUCACAGGGUGUGCGUAACACCCACGCACAGAUGAUAUGGGUUUGUGCACAUUCAGAUGAAAAGUAAAAGGGUGCACUUCAGACCCGGAGGACAAGGCAUUGGAUUUGUAGUUUCCUAUAACACUCUCCCAUAGACUAAGCGCACUGACUGUCUUUUUAGGACUGGGUUUUGACAAAAAAUCAAGGACCGGACAAAUCAUUUGUUCUCUUCAUGUGUCUGUCAACUUUAUGUCUUUCCUUUAUGAUAAAGCCCAAUAAGCCCUCACAAACAAAUGUAGACUCUCAGUGUGUCCUUAACACUAGAGCUCUAGUGAACCCUCGCACAGCACUGUUCACUCGUGGUCACUAAGUCUGUAGUCUGAUAAUCUGUAUCAUAACUCAAGGGCAAAUCCGGGGUUGGGGGGCUGCUCUGACACACGCAAAUUAAUAAAUAAAUGAAAAAAACAAUAGAAAGGAUGACAUCUGGUAAGCAGUAUUAUUUGUACAUCAGUGAUAGUGUAAUACAUUACCUAUGUGUCUAGCUGUUUGCAACAGUUGAAUAUAAAAAGAAAAUCUGAGGGGCCUAAUACCCCCUCUCCAGAAAACUUCCUGGAUUUGCCCUUGUUACCCACAUGUACUUACAAUGCAGUUACAUGCACUUGAUUGCAUUAUUUUGUAUUCAUUAAAUUUCAAUUUGCUCAUAAUUUGCUUUCUUUAACUCUCUUUACCUCAUGUUUUGUCUUUGGGUGAUGAAUGCUGAAUGAUAAAUGUCAAAAAAGCAUACUGUAUUCUUGCCAUCUAAGCCAGCAUCUUUAAUAUUGAAGAAUUAUGCAGCACCGUUAAAAAAAGUUAACCAAUAAAAGAUGUCUUCUUUGAAAUAUUUCUAGGGGUUUCCCAUUUUAUAUGUACAAAGAAAUAAGAACAUAUUGACAGUUUGGUUUGUUUUAUUUAAAACUUGGAAUUAAAAAUGACUUCUUUUUAAAUAUAUUGAUGCAGGAUCCAGAGAGUAGCCGUCUUCUAAAGUUCGAGAUGUCUUGUGUGUUUUAUAAUUUUGGAGUCUUGUCACAGUAUUGUGAUUGGAUAAGUCUGAUGUUAUUUCCCCAGGAAUAGAUCAGAGUUGUGUGGGUUAUCAGAAAUGAUUUUUCACCAGGCAGCACUUAAUUAUUUGCUUUACUAGGCAUGCAAAGGUAGCUUUAUGACUUGCAAAUGUAAAGAGCACCCUCAACAAGUAGAUGGACACAGAUUGAACCUUGAAAGUUCUACCAAAGUUAAUGUGGAAUUCAGCCAUCAGUGUAAAAUUCAGACGAAGCAAUAGUGUUCCAAUUAGGACCAGGGUACAUGUAUAUAAAUUCAGUGCGACAACUAUGACACUGAUCUCAUCCUUGCAGUCACUAGCACAUGGUCUUUCAAAGAAAUAUAAUUUGAAAAUUGAAGAGACUUUCAAAGUGUAUAAGUUUUCUGAAUAACUUUAACAUGGAAACAAAUCUUAAUGACCAAAAAUAACAUAUGAGAAAAAUGGGAAACAAGAUCUGAAUACAACUCACCUCAAUUAUUGAUGCAUUUGAUUUUGUUGUGAAAGCAACAGAUGCUGGAGAGAAUUCAUUUAAUUUAGAAAUCAAAUGUGUGACCUCAUACAUGUAGUUGUUUUGGUAUAUGCUCACAACUAUGGAAAAACUUCUCACAUACAAAACCGAAAAUGUGGAAAUGCAGCCAAUAACACCAGUUUUAAAGGUUACCAGAAACAUCUUUAAAAGGAGUGACUACAUCUUAAAAGGGGACUGGUUUUAAGGGAUGACCUAUCUUGCUUUUUUGCAGUUUGCACGGGAAAAGAUAAAUGGCACCGGGCAAUAUUUGAUGCAGUUCAUUUGGAAAUCUUUCUGUUCUGCAAACUUUUUGUAAUCUUUAAGGUAGCUCAAUAAAUUAAAAACAAUGGAUUUACCAGAAAGCAAACCAAGUAUUGAAGAAUUGACUCGGAUUUUUAUUAUUCAAACAAGCUGAAAAUAGGAUAGGUGUUUAUUGAAGAAUCAAUUGAAAUAAAAUAGUUAUCUAACCUAUUGUAAAUAAAGAUUUUCUUUGUAAACUUACUCCGCACCUAUGUAUUUGUAAAUGAAUUUGUGAAAAUUGACAUCAUGUAUGAUGAUGGGAAAGAGCUUGAGAAUAAAACAUACUGAACUGAGUUACAGAA